AUGUCGUCGAACUCGGUGAAGAGAGCAUGCGACGCAUGUCAUCGUCGAAAGGUGAAAUGUGAUGGUAUUAAUCCGUGUCGCAAUUGUUUUUCAACACAAUUAUCUUGUACCUAUCAUGCUAUACCACAGAAGAAAGGUCCGAAAGGUUCGAGAGCCAAAGUGAUCAGCGAAUUAAGAAACAAUCAACAAUCAUCACUCUCAUCCAAAACUGCGAAUCGCAUGAAUGGUGUUCCUAGUCCACCAUGUAGUCCUACACUCGCACCGACGCCAGGUCUUCUUACGACGGAGAUGGUGAAAGAAUGUACGGAAUUCUUCUUUGCGAAUAUGUAUCCGACGAUGCCUAUAUUACACAGAGAGAGAUUAGAACAACAAGCCAUGUAUGUGGAUCAGAACGUCGAUACAUACUGUCUCUUGACAUCGAUGUGUGCCUUUAUGAUGAUACAACCUGGAAUGGGAAUACCUGGUGAUCCCCUUGGAUUGGAUAACCUACCUGGUGCGAAUAUUGUCUCGGGAACCUUGUUGAUGGAAGAAACAUUGAAGGUUAGGAAGAGUUACGAUUAUUGUGAAUCUCCUACACACAACAGCUUAGUGACAAGCUUUUUCCUCUUCGCAUGUUAUUACGGAUUGGAUCUACAUAAUAAGGCCUGGUUCCAUUUACGAGAAGCUACAACAUUGGCGCACACCCUGGAGAUGGUGAAAGAGGAGACAUAUCAUCAAUUCGACAUUAUUGAAUCAUCACGAAGGCGAAGAUUAUACUGGUUGCUAUUCGUCACAGAAAGAUCAUACGCACUCCAACGACAUCGACCUCUAUCUCUUCAAAGCACGAUCAAUCUCCCUUCGCAGAACGAUGAUCCCACUGAUCCCCAAAAUCACCACCUACACGGCUUCAUCCAUCUCGUAAAUGUUUACCGCCCAUUCGACGAUCAAUUCGUUGCACUCUGGAACAAAACUCGUACCGACUGUUCCCCAGCCUAUCUCUCCUCUCUCCAAAAGCAACUUUCUGAAGCCCUCCCAAUAUAUCUCAACAGCACAGAAAAUCAAACAGCAGAUCUUAGAACAAGUCAACAAUGGCUAAGAACAAUGGUUUGGCAACUAAGUAUACAAAAUGGAUGUCUCAGUAGCAACUGUGAUGAUCCAAGUAUGUCAUUCCAAUAUCCGGUCGAUAUCGCCAGAGAAUUGGCACAGAUGACGAGUCAAUUCAGUCAUCAGAGUAUGGAGGUUCAUGGUGUUGGAUUGAUUGAAAAGUUAUUCGACGUAGCAUGUUCUUUGACCGAUGUUCUCUCUCUCCUUCCCGCCAAGCCCGAUCCCUUCGCGAUGGGCCCCCGCGACUACCUCCAUCAAUUCAUGACCAUGCUCUCUAUCCUUCGCAACGGCGAUCACCGAUUUCUUCCUCUGCUUCUCAACAAAGUCCAUGAUGUUCUUCCUGGUCUCACAAAUCCUAUGUUACAGAAUGUUCCCGAAAAUACUCAAAUGUGCGCGGAUGUCGACCUGUUUGACGGGUUUGGAAACACUGGCAUCAGCAUCCCUCCUCAAAACUAUAACUCUAUGGCUACCAGUGGCCCUGAUGAGUACAAGAUGGGACAUACAAAUGGAGGAUUGGCAUUCGACAAGAGAAUUGAAGAGUUGAGUAGUCCAAGUGUGACGGGUAGUAUGUCUGCCGAAACUACCCCAUUCACAUCACCGCCGAUCAUGAAUCCUGGAAUGGAAUAUCAAGCUUUGGACUAUCCAGGAUUUCAUGAUCUAACCGGUCAUAAUCACGGAAUGGAUUUCAAGAGAGAGUAUAACGUCGAGAAUAGAGAGAGUUCUUUUGGGGUUUCGAGUCCUGGUGGUAUGAGCGAAAUGAGUAAUGGAGUUGUGAGUGUCAAUGGAAACGGAAAUGGAAUUGGAAUUGGUGGAAGACAACCCCCGAUAAGGCAAGGAAGUGGUAGCAGUUAUGGCAUGCCACUUCCAAGGAGUAUACCGGAAUUCAACCAUGGUCACUUCUCGAGAUCUAGUACGGGUGGAGAGGAUAUGGGAGUAGGAGGAAACGGUGUUGAUUUAGGUCAUCAUGGAUAUAGGUGA